AUGCCUGGACACUUCGGCCAGAAAGUGCUCAAAACCUUGGGUAUUGACAAACACGAGCAGCAAAAUCCAUCUUCCGACGUUCGGCUUCCAGGUAGAGCAGCUGUCAACAGUGACGAACGUGCCCUCUCCUCAGCUCCCAACAAUGGCACAUACCCCCGUCUUUGUCGACUCUCGGACGGCUCAAUUCUCUCCUCUUUCACUCGCUUCCCCGAUGGACAACGAUCUCUCCGCGUCGCCAGAAGUACCGACAAUGGCCAGAGCUUCGAGGACUUUUCCGAGGUGACUCGAGCUUCAGGGGAUGUGGAUAAUAUGUUUUUGUGUGAAGUGGCGCCGGGUACAGUGCUGGCAGCAUUCAGAAACCACGACGUAGGUCCGCAUGGUCCAACGCACUUCCGCAUCACAGUCUGCCGUUCCACGGAUGGUGGCCGUGUCUGGCAAUAUGCCUCGCAAGCAGCCGAGAAGCGCCCGCCUCUAGGAAUCUGGGAGCCUUUCAUGCGUGUCGGACGUGAAGGAGAGGUGCAACUCUAUUUCUCCCAAGAAUACGCCCAUAACAACCAGUGCACGAUGCAAGUCAUUUCCCGGGAUCAUGGAAGUACCUGGUCUUCACCCAAAUGUUUGCAUGGCAUGGAAGAUGCUCUUCGGGAUGGAAUGAGUGGUAUCGCGCGCACUUUCGACAACGGCAGGGAGGCUUUACUCAUGGUAUUUGAAACCACCCGCCACGGUCCAUUCAGUGUCGAAGCACUCCUAUCAUAUGACGAUGGUCACAACUGGGGUUGGCGCCAUGAGGUCUUCCGCCCGAAGCACGGCCACAACGCAGGCUCUCCCCAGAUUGCCUCCUUUGCUGAUGGUUCACUGGCGGCGAUCUUCAUGACUGAUGAAGACUCAGAGCAUGUGCAGUGGGUCAAGAACGCUUCCAUCAAGGUGGUGUUUGCGGGUCCUCCCAUCGAAGGACGUGUCCAAUGGAGCAAGCCUCAGUUUGUGUCUCCAGCCUCGAGUUUCUGGCCGGGAAUUUUGGCUCUCGAUCAUCAUACUGUGCUGGCCACGUAUGACCGGGGAGGCCCCCUUGCCAAGACUAUCACCUGGCAUCCACACUAG